GGGGAUGCGGCUGCACAACACAAACGCUCAUUCAUUUACGCUUAUUUUAUUAAGUCGCGACUCCACGCCUCUGCUUGACCAUUCUUCAUCAACAAUCUCUUUAAGUUUUCGCGUUUCAGUACAAUCGAACAGUGUCAUAACGGGUUCUAAAACAUAAGUGCAUUUGGUUAUGUUUUAGUAAUUGUGCGACCGAUGUAGGUAAGCAGUGGGUACCUUCAAGGUACCUCCAUCUUUAAAACAAAGUAAUUCGCCAUGUUAAUCCAAUUUGUACCGCUAGCUUUGCUAACGGCAUCCCUGUUCUUGCUAAUAGACACAGGAGAAAGCUGCAAUGAGGCCGUUUGUGGUAGUGUCGUCAGCAAAUGUUUGCUAACGAAAUCCUGCAACUGCGACUUGAAGAACUGUACGUGCUGCAAAGAAUGUAUUAAUUGUCUAAGUUAUCUCUACAGCGAAUGCUGUUCUUGUGUUGAUAUAUGCCCCAAACCAAACGAUACUGCGACGGAUUUGAGCCGAAAAUCGCACGUAGAAGAAUUCGAUGAAGGAGUCCCUCAACUAUUUUCCCUCUUAACAGACUUUCCGGAUACUUACAAAAGAUGGGAUUCGAAGUCGUUUCCAAUAGACAUGGAACUGAAUUAUUACGAACCCAAGAAGGAAAUCAAAAUAUCGAUGUUAAGCGUGGAGCAAGAAGUGGACCCAGCAAAGCAGAACACCAUAACGGUCAAUUGUACAGUCGCUUUUUGGGCGCAGUGUAUGAGCUGGAGGAAGUGUAAGACUAGUUGCCAGUCGAUGGGCGCCUCUAGCUACCGAUGGUUCCACGAUGGAUGUUGUGAAUGUGUGGGUGAAUACUGUAUCAAGUACGGUAUCAACGAAAGCAGAUGCUCUGAAUGUCCUCAAAGCGAAGAAAGUAAACAGGACAGCGAUGAUAACGAAGACGACUACGAUUACGGCGAGCACGAUGAAGAUGACGAAGACGAUGAUUUUCACAACAGUCCAAAUCUCUGAUAAUUGUAAGAAUAGUUUAACUUUUUAAGCUAUAUUUAUUUUCGUGUUGUAGCCAACAUUGUGAUUUAGAAUAUUUAAACCUAUUAAUGCCAGGUAUUAUUCUAAAUGAUAAUGAUUUAUGUUGAAGAUAAUUCUUUAAUAUCAACAACGAAUUUAUUUUUUUUGAAGAAAGUAGUCUUUCUCGUUUUUAAUUUUUGUUAUCCCAGUGUAUUGAAAAUAACUUUACUCUAAUAAUUAUAAUUUUAUUUUACUAACUAAUAGAGUUAGAAAAUACGUACCUAUACUAAAAUCACAAUAAGUAUGCACUACAAAUAAACAAACCAAGACAGGUUGCAUGUCAUGAGGAGUACUCCCGUAUUGUGAUUUACAAUGUAUAAACUUUGUAAAUCAUGAUUAGGGAUUUACAAUGUAUAUACAUUGCAAAUUAUGAUUUGGGACCGCUCCUCGUAACAUUCAACGUGUCUUGGUUUGUUUAUUUCUAGUACAUCUUUACUGUUAUUGUAGUAUAAGUUGUUUUUUUUUAUAAGAUAACACUAACCCGUAUAAACGAAUGCAGAUUAAUUAUUAAAUUAAUUAAGAAAACAAUGAGGUAUAUUGACUUUCAGGUUAAUGUUGUGUGCAACACGUAUUUAUAUUAUGUACAAUAAUAUGAUGUAACUAGUUUUAGAUGCCUACAUCCCUAAAAUGUUUAUAUGUACUAUGUUUAGAUAUGAGGUGUAUUGGCUAUUAUAUUUAACUAUUGAUUUUAUUACUGCUUUAAGACACAUUCUGACAUUAUUGUGCAUCACUUUCAAAUAUUUUAUAUUCAAGUGUUACUUUGUUAGUUGAGUACAGUUAUAUGAAUUCUUAUUGUUUUGCAUUUUGGUUUCUAAAUGCUUGACAUUAUAUUUCCAGGCUACACAUUUUUUUUUUAAAUCAAUGGGUAUAUAUUGUUUUCCUAGGAGGAAAUAACCUUCCUCCAUUUCAGCUCAGCGUUUGAGGUAGAGGCUUCUAUUAUGUCGUUGUUCCGAAGUCUUUCUUUUGGCGAGACCAAUGUUACAAACCUUCAAAUUGUUUUCCUUAAAUUGCAAAUUGUAUUUCAGCUCGACAUGAAGAAUUUAAAUUUGUAGGCACAGGGCAAAUUUCUAGAAGCUAACUAAGAAAGUCUAAUAUUCGAUUAUCUUUCGCUGUCACCUAUCACACAAUGUUCGACUUUUAAAACGGCUACAUAUUUAUUAUUGAAAUCAUUAUCUUCAUCUUCCAUUGACAUGCUCGGAACAUCCUCUGUGUCGUUUUCCUCUAGAUGGUACCCGUUUCUUGUAUUUCAGCUACCGUCCGAAGCAACAAUUUCGUCUUUCUUUCCACUUCUCUGUUCUGUCUUGGCAGCACAGAGGUACUAAUACUCUUUCCUCUUUGGACCAUUUGCAUGGUUUCGAUUAGGUUCUUAUUUGUACAAAUUGAACUCGACGAUGUAACACUGUUUCUAAUUGAGUCACGAACAUCGGGAGAAGAUUCUCUCAAAUCUUGAAUAUUUUGGUUUAUUUGAGCCUCUUUGAUUUGCAACAUGUCCCGUUCUGUUUUCACCAACUGCAGUUUUUGUUAAGUCUCGAUUUAGUCCUUUCGGAGGCCUUCUAUAGUUUUUACAAAAGCAUACAUUUUCUUUUUCCUCUGCAUUCACUUUCAUCAUAUCUUUUCCAACUUCUUCACUGUACAAUUUUAACAUCUUCUCUUUAGAAGAAGCAUGGACCUUAAACGCACCUAGCAAAAACGGGAGAAGGUUAUCUUUUUUUUAAUUCUUGUUUUAGUAAUUUUAUAAGCCCAUUAUUAAAAUUUAAAACAAAAUAUUUAUUGGGAAUAAGCCAGAAUUUUACUAUAAUAAUGUUGACGUUUCAACUUCCACUUCGGAAGUCGUUCUCAAAGUGAAAAACACUAAUAAAUUAAACAAAUUUUGUAAAAAAACUUUUUAUUUGUUUAAUUCAUUAAUUUAGGUACUAUUUCAGUUGGGAAUAAGCCACCAUUUUACUUUGAAAUUGUUUCUUUUGAAAAAAUAAUAUUGUGGCUUAUUCCCAACUAAAAUAGUAAAUUACUUUCGAAAUCGAAAAGUAAUAAAUUAAGCCUAAUAAUAAAAGUAGUAAAUUAUAUAAAUUUAUAUUCUCAUUUUACUUUACAUCAGCACAUAAAUCCAAAAAAUUCGGGAGGAUUCAUAUAAUUGUAUGCUAUUCUAUCGUACGUAAUACCUAAUAUUCUAAAUAAUAAGUUAUUACUCAUUUUCUAUCUAUUAAUAAUUAUAUGUUAAAUAAAAUGUAAUUAGUUGUUUAUAUAAUAUUUAUAAUAAUUACAGCCGUCCAUAACAAAUUGUAUGAGUUUUAGUAACUACUAAUGGGAAAUGUAACUUUCUAGAUUUGUAUUUGAUAAUAUUUUAAAAUUAGAAAAAAUGUUUUAUUCAUAAUAAACUUCUAAAAUUCAUGAAACUUUUCAGGGUUUUUGGCCCCAGUGUCAGUGUAGACACUUUUAGCGCCCUCUUUAGGAGAAACGCUGAACUACGUAGUUCAACAAUUUUCCUACAGAGGGCGCUAUUAAACUCGACAUUAGCGCCAUUGCGGCUGGUCUCCAAACUACGUAGUUCAGCAAUUCUCCUAUAGAGGGAGCUCUUAAAUUCGAUUCUAGCGCCACUGCGGCAGGCCUAUGAACUACUUCAGGGGCUGCCUCAGAGGUGUUAAUAGAAGGUUUUAAAAAUUAAAAAUAAAACAAUUUUUUGAUUU